AUGAAACUCAUUCUGCUCCUGUCCCUCGGAGUGUCUCUGUUAGCGCAGGGGCGCAGUGCUCCUCCAGGAACCCGGCAGACCAUUUCCGACUCAGAGAUAAAGGAUUUGUCCGAACUGCUUUAUGAACUGGACAUCAACAAGGCCUCCUCCUCCGAACUGGUGAUUGACCCCCAGAUCCUGGUGCCCGACUCCGAGACCAAUACUCAGAAGGACCUGUCCUCUCGUCCACUUUUCAAGUACGUAGAUGAAGCCUCCCUGUUCUCCAAGCCUACAUUCUCGGCCUUGCUUGCUCUGUUGGAUAACUACCAGAAGCAGACCGGACAGGCUGAGAACUUCUCCUCGGCACAGCUUGCCGAGCAGGACAAGUUCCUCCAGGAGACCAUCUCCAACACCGGAAUCGGCCGGGAGCUCUCUACAUUCAUGCUAAGGAAAGGUCUCUACGGAUCUCAGUCUGAGCUCAUUCAGGAUCUGAAGAUGAUGUGGUUCGGACUGUAUACCCGCAGCAAAGGCAAGAUGGACUCGAGUGGUUUUGAGCACACCUUUCUUGGGGAGAUUAAAGGAGGCAAGGUGUCUGGCUUUCACAACUGGAUUCGGUUUUACCAGCAGGAGAAGAAUGGGGAACUCAACUAUUACAGCCACAGCUUCGAUGGGCCUUGGACAUCUUACCCAGACAUCCUGGGCAUGCAGUUCAACUGGGACGGCUACUUCAAGCAGGUCGGCUCAGCUUUCGUCGGCAGCAGCCCGGAGUUUGACUUUGCCCUUUACAGCCUUUGUUACAUCACUCGCCCCGGAAAGAGGUGCCGUCUCAGCCUGGGGGGAAAAGCGCUGAGCAUUCAGACCUACACCUGGGACAACUCAUCAUAUGGGGACGGGAAGAAGUUCAUUGGCUCGGCCUACCCUGCCACCCCAUGA